AUGAAGUUGACCGCUGUUGCCACUACCCUCCUCACUCUCGGACUCGGAGCUAACAUGGCUGCCGCGGCGUGCUGCGACAUGAAAGUUUGCGAUGGCUUCAACCUCAAAGGCAAUUGCAAGAAUGGCUGCUACCCUUACGGGAAGAAGGCUUUGAUUAAUAGAAGCGGACUUAAGUCAGCAGUUGCUUCCGCCAAGACUGAUAAGGACUGCUAUUGUGCACUAGGUCUCGCAAGUGGUGGUUCUUGUGAGGUAUUUACUUCCAAGCCCAUGAACGUCCCUAACUUUUGCCUCACUGGUGUUAAGUAUGCAUACUGCCAUCUUCAGUGA